AUGGACAAAACCUGGAUUCUUAAGCCACGAGAUAGCAUAGAAUAUAGACGAGGACUUAAUAAGUUCCUAGACUUUGCAUUUGCGAAUGCAUCGUUGAAUAGCAUGAUAAAGUGUCCAUGUCCUCAAUGUGGAUUUCAAUUUAUGCAAAGAAGAGAGGAUGCGCACGACCACCUGUUGAUAAAGCUUUUCCCCCCUAGAUAUACUUUGUGGUUGCGUCAUGGUGAAAAACCAGCUGAGGAGAGAUCUACUUGCACACCGAUACUUGAGAAAGUUACAAUCGAGGAAAAUCUAUAUCUUCAAAUGGUGCAUAAGGCAUUUAACUUCACAAUGGCUCCUAGAGGUGAGGAGACCACAACAGGGGAUCCUGUAGAAGACGAUGAUCUGGAGUUGCCGUACUUGUACGAUGGUCCAAGUCGUGAGGCACAGGAUUUUGCCGAUCUUCUUGCAGAUGGAACGGAGGAAUUAUAUCCCGGCUGCUCGAAAUACUCAAAGUUGUCUUUUAUGGUGAAACUGUAUCACAUUAAGUGUAUGUGCGGGGUGAGUGACAAGGCUAUGUCGAUGAUCUUGGACUUAUUGCGGGAUGCAUUCGAGCAAGCGAAACUCCCAUCCACUUUCUAUGAAGCGAAGAAAACUAUACGAAAGUUGGGAAUUGAAUACAAAAAGGUUGAUGCAUGCCCGAAUGAUUGCAUGUUGUAUCGGGGUGAUGAUGAAGACGUGGCCAAAUGCAAGCAGUGUGAGACUUCACGAUGGAAGCAAAAAAUGCGAAAGGGUUCCGUUACGAAACUUAAAAUAUCGGUCAGGAAGAACAGAAAGCCUCUCCCAGCAAAAACUCUUUGUUACUUUCCUCUUAUACCACGACUGCAACGGUUAUUCAUGUAUAGCAAGACUUCAACUGACAUGGUAUGGCAUAAAGAGUCUGACAAUAAUGAUGGGUACUUGAGGCAUCCAAGAGACGCUGAAGCAUGGAAAGAAUUUGAUGCAAAGUAUCCAUGUUUUUCCAACGAUCCGCGCAAUGUUUGUUUAGCUUUAGCUAGUGACGGAUUUAAUUCUUUCGGAAAUAUGAGUACGAAGUAUUCCAUUUGGCCUGUGAUUCUUAUUCCGUACAAUCUUCCUCUAUGGCUUUGCAUGAAACAAACAUCUUUUAUCCUAUCUAUGAUUAUUCCCGGUCCUAAAAUACCGGGUAAUGACAUAGAUAUAUAUUUGGAGCCCUUGGUGGAUGAGUUGAAGCAAUUGUGGGAUGGUGUUGAAACUUAUGAUGCUAAUAAGAGGACCACUUUCAAGAUGCGUGUGGCGCUAAUGUGGACUAUUAGCAAUUUUCUGGGGUUGGGAAACUUAUCUAGAUGGAACACGUACAGUGGGUUAGCAUGUCCGCACUGUAAUGUGGACGCUAAACCUCAGUGA